ACUUCCAUUUAAUCAUCUAUAUACGCCACGUUGUAGUAGACUCAGCUCAUGGGCGUCGGAUACAUAAUUAGCCAUAGGUCGCGACAGCUCACAAGAUGCCUGCAGACGAAUCCACAUGUACAUCUGCUCCUCGCCCGUCAUACGUCCAUACAUUUUCCAGGCCAACCAUCGAGCUUUUCGAGGCUGCGCUUCCCACGUUGAAAGAGGAGUCCAGGCAAUGCAUCGAGAACCUCUUGCGUUACCGUGCACCGCGCCCACAGAUCAAGUUCCCUCGAAGUCAGAGCGCAGCAGUCCUGGUUCCGUUGUUUAUCGGUCGCGCAGGAGACCUGUAUGUGUUACUGAGUCGGCGGUCAGCUAGCUUGAGGCAGUAUGCGGGUGAUACUGCGUUGCCGGGAGGAAAGGUGGAUCCCGAAGAUAUCACUAUCGAGGAUACUGCGAGGCGCGAGGCCUUUGAGGAGAUUGGGCUUGCUCCAGACCGGGAACGAGUGCCCUUGCUGUGUGUGAUGGAGCCCUAUCUUGCUGGUAACAAGAUGGUAGUGACUCCGGUCGUUGUCCUCAUUCUCGACAAAACUAUGCAGCCCAAUCUCAACGAGUCGGAGGUAACCUCGAUAUUCUCACAACCCCUCGCUUCCUUCCUCGCAUCGUCCUUCCCUUUCCCCCCAAACCGUGUUGCAGAUCCUUCGACGCCCUACCAUACGACGAUGGAGUUGGCGUGGAGCGGAGGCGGUACAAUCCGCAUCCAUCGCUUCCUCACUGGACGAGAAACAGACGGCGUGAAACCCGUAUUUGGGCUUACUGCGGGCAUAUUAAUUUACGUCGCCGCCUGGGGGUACGGACGCGCUCCAGACUUUGAGUACCAGUCACCAAACGCGCCUACGCAGGCUCAGCAGAUCGCUUCUGCGCUCCUCGCACCUUCGAAUCCACUGCGGUUAGCGUGCGAGCGCGAGGCCAUCGAUGCGAAUAUGAUGGCGUCAUUCGUCCUGCAUACACCGAAGGAGUCUAACUCCGAACCUGGUAUAAUCGAGUGGGAUAGGAUUGGUCAGGAUUGGAGGGGUCUAACGGAGGGACUGAUUUCAAAGCACGUCGAUGUCAUCAAAGAGGAGAUGCAUACCGACGCACAUGAGCGCCAGGACAUGCAUAAGGAGAGGCGGGAACGCCAUCGGGAAGUGGACGAGGGCGUGAAAUCGGGCGAAAGUGAGGCUGCAGGGCGGCGAACUGGCCUGAAUGUGCGCAAAGAGGGUAACGCUAAACUCUGAUGUUAACAGCGGUUGCACCCUCACCGAUACUGAUUAUGAUUCGUCGUAUUAAAACUAAGUUAGGGUGUCGUGGCUGACAGUCUGCCUACACACGCAAGAGUAGAUGAUUUAUUAAAUCCAUUUGUACUUCUGCAUAUAUAUUUGUAUGUAUCUGAGCUGC